GACUGUGUGAGAGAAGUGUGCAUCAAGUUUGGGUGGAGCACUCUGCCGUGUCCCCUGACAGUGUGCACAUCGCACAAGACUUCAGUUUUUAAUCCGGUGUUUCGGCCACCAUGGCGAAGAACUGCAAUACUUUAGGGAUUCCUGUUGGCCACAUGAGCACGGCAGUGUCAGAUGGAGAGUUGAACAUGUCCGCGCGGGGCUGUGGAGGCAGCAGCUCCAGCCUUCCAGGUACUCCAGGCGGAGAGUCCGGCCCUGCCAACAGUGUGCUGAGCUGGGCCGUCUCCUUUGAGAAGCUGUUGGAGGACCCUUGUGGCGUCCGUUACUUUACGGCAUUUUUGAAAUCUGAAGUGAGUGCAGAGAACAUUUUAUUCUGGCAAGCUUGUGAGAAGUUCAAAAGGAUUCCAGCCAACUCCUUGGAUGAGCUGAAAGCAUCAGCUUGCUCCAUCUACAACACGUAUCUGUCUGACAAUGCUCCCUACUCUGUCAACAUCGAUGAUACAGCCAAGACAGAGGAAAAGAUGCUGGAACAGCCCACACCUGACAUGUUCGACAAAGCCCAAGCACAGAUAUUUAAGCUGAUGAAGAUGGACAGCUACAGGCGUUUUGUGCGCUCUCCUCUCUACCAGAACUGUACCUUGGCAAGUGUAGAAGGCAAACUUCUACCUCAGAUCUCUACAGAACCUGUCCGCAUGGGGUCCUGGGAGGACGUGGGCACCAGAAGCCCCUUAAGUGACAAGAAGAACAAGAAGUCAAACUCCAACAGCUUGCCAGGUGGUAAAAGUGCCUCAGAGAAACAGCGACAGAAAAGAGGAUCUUGGGGAGAUGCUUCCAACAUCCAUGGUUCAGGCCCCCGGAAAGAGGCCCAUAUGUCAGUCAAGUCAACCAGCAGCGUGGAGCUUGGCUCCAUCUACAGGCAGAUAGAGAAUGGCGGAUCAAGUCCUCGCACCCCUGAGCAGGCUGGUGGAGUUGGGAGUCGCAUUGGUGUGGAGGGGGGCUACUGCUGUGUCUUCCUGCCUGAUGGCAGUGCCUCUCUGGCCCCCACACCUAAUGGGCAACCUAUCAAAGACAUGCUGGCCAGCCUGUGUGAGAAGAGAGGCUUCCCACUGAAAGAUGUCAUCAUUUACCUUCAAGGCAAGGACAAGCAACCCUUAUCGCUGGACCAGGACUGCUCAGUACUGAGAGAUCAGCAGGUUUCUCUAGAGCUCAGAGUGACGUUUGCGCUGGAGAUUGCCUUCACUGGUAAGACGGUGGGUAUCGUGGUGAAGUCUAGUAAGACACUGCAGGACGCCCUUUCUGCGGUGAUGCAGAAGCACCAUCUGAAGCCGCAAGAGGCCUUGAUCACCAUGGUUGGAAGUGACGAGCCUGUGAACAUGAGCAGCACCGUGUUCAGGCUGUCCAAUAAGACGAUACGACUGGACAGGACCAAAGGUAAAGACCAGGCAAACAUUUCCAGAGGCAGUGGUUCCUCUGUGGCUUCACAGGCAGGAGCAGGUAAAGCAGGUCUGGAGACUCGAUCAUCGCAGACAGACAGAGCCAAGAAUCAGCUUAGGCCCGGUAGGAACCGCGAUAUGGACGGGCUCCUGGACAUGCUAUCGAGGGCUCAGUGCUCCAGGGUUGAUGACCAGCGAGGCCUUCUGACCAAAGAGCAGCUGGAGGUUCCUUUAUUCCUGCAGCUUCCCUCGGAUCAAGAACAGAAGACGGACGAGCCCAGUACGAGCAGCUCCUCCACUGCUGACCCCAAAGUGGAAUCAGAGGACAAGAUAGCAUCUACUUCAAGUUCAGGUGGAGCUGUGAAGGAAACCACUGAUGUUCCUGAACCAGAAUCCAAAGACUUGAAGGAAACAGCUGUUUGAAAGAGGUGUUUGUGAGAUGGACUACAAUAAACAUCUCACAACAAAGAUGGAAACUUACUAAUUGACAAGCACUUUUUUUAUGACGGUUUACGAAUAAGCUCUGAGGCAGCAGUGCGCUACCAUCUCUACUGCUGGUAUUUGAUCUUUUAAGGCAAUAUGUAAAGAAGAAAGAUCAUGGCAAACAUUUAUAGUGUCAUUUCAGAACACUACAGAUCCCUAUGAAAGUGUUUGCCAUGAAUUGUAUAAAGAAAUUUAGGUCAACAUUUCAACUUGUUUUAGAUAUUAAGUGUUUUUUCCUGGUGUUUAAUGCUGUACGGUUUGAUUUACUGUUCACGUCGCUUCUGUUUUUCGCAAUCUAACUUUGUGUUGUUUUUCUUUGAACUCUAACCCAAAAAAUGUGCCUGUUCAGGAACUGUGACCAUCCAGAAGGGAUUUUGAAAGUGUUUUGCACAAUUAAGUUUUCGUAAUUUCAACCCAGAUUGCUAGUGUUUUGUAUAAAUAAGUUUUAAAUAUUUUUAAUUACUGUUUUCCGUUUGUGUGCUUUUUUUUUUUUUUUUUUGCUGUUUUGACAUGUGUGUUUGGUUUGCUGUGAUUGCACCUUGCAAAGUUCUGGUCAAGUUCUGCUUUUUUGUCACCUCAGAUUACAUCUCAGGGUUCAGAGAAUUAAAUAGCAAUGUGAUGUGACAGGAAGUGAGACAGUUGCUGUGAUCAUUACAAAUAUCCCACAGGGUGUAAAUAAAGAAUUAAAGUGAAGAAA